AUGGCUAACAAAGCUCAAUGCCCAUCGGGAGGACAACAACAGAUGGCAGUCAACAGCUGUGUUUUAUCGAGAGGACAAUCGACAGCUGUGCGGUUUAUCGAGAGGACAACGGCCUUUGGCAAUCGACAGCUGUGUGCAUGUAGUGGGCGCAGCAGCAAUGUGUAAAAUGUGGGUGUGUUAGCCUGCGAAAAACGCAGAAACUGGAAAGUCUAGUAAAAUAAAAAUACAAGUAAAAUGUACUUUGUGUAGUCAAUUAAACGUACAAUGGCUCGGAGCAUGGGAUUAAACCAGACAGCGGCUAGUGGGAACAGCCGUCGGGCUAUAACCAAAAAACUAGUGCUCUGGUCAGUGCUGAUAGUGCAAGUGGGCUUUAUUGGCUGCAUUUGGUUGCUCCAAAUGAAUCGCAGCCAGCUGCUGCAGCAGCAGAAUGGCAGUGCAGCAGACCCCCAGGAGUCGGGACGUGUGCAUUUCGUGCGGAAUGCAAGGAAUACAAAGAAACAGGGACAGCAGGUGCAGCAGCAUUGCGUGCAGCGCGAUAACAUUAAUCGAUAUCAAGAGGAUUUUUAUCAAAUGAUAAGUGAUAACCGUUUGAAUCGAAGCGCGGACUAUGCACUGCCCGCUUACAUUGAACUGGAGCUAGCGCCAGCCUUGUGGUGUUAUAAAGAAGGCACGGUGAAUGAAACAACAACGAGGGAUCGAGAUUAUUUGAUGGCACAGCCGCAAUGCAACUGCGAAAGUAGCUGGCAUGGACGUGACUGCGGCCAGCCGGAGAUAAUUUGGCGAGCUUUAAUGACGCACAGUCGAGCAAGUAAACGUGGUGGCCACGAAGCGCCACUUAAGCUGCACGAGGCCAAUCCAACGUCAAUAAAGCGAUUGUAUUAUAUGCUGAGCUUGGGCGACUGGGAGCAUAUAAAUGUGGAGCUGCUGCAGCUGCAGCUGCGCACACUCAUCGAGGUAGUGGACUUCUUUCUCAUCUACUACUACGAACGGGACAGCAGCAAGGACCAACUAAAGGAGCGUCGCCUACAGCGACAACUGAACUCUCUGCUCAGCUCCAAUUAUGUGCUGUACCAAUGCAGCAAAGCAACUGGUCAGCAAAACUGCAGCGGGGCUGCGGCAUUUGCCCAUUUCCGGCAGCAACUGUGGUCACUUUGCAGCGUGCAGCUGCAGGCGACGGAUCUGCUGCUCGUUGGUAACCGCGAGUCAAUCUUUGCACCCACUGCACUCAAGUUCCUCAAGUACUAUGCCACCGAUGUGUUGCCAUUGCGCUUCAGACUUAAGCACAACGUCUACGGCUUCUAUUGGCAGCAUGGACAACGCACACGCCUUAGUGGCGUCAUCAGUUCCUUGGUGCAUCUGCAUGCUGCACAGCUGGAUCCGCAGCAUCUGGAAAAACAUGCGAUCUACACGGUGGGCGAUCUCAAUCAUUACGGCGGCUGGAGCUGUGAGCUAUGCAUGUCGCCGGAGCAAAUUGUGAACUGGCUGCAGCAGAGUGGCAUAAAAGUGCAAUUGCCCAAUAGAACGAGAAGCGCUCGCAUCGAUGCCAACUAUGUGCAGCAAUUGAUAGGUGCUGGUGUCCUCUUGGAGGAUGGUAGCACCCAGUUGCUGCGACUGCGGCCCCAGAGCGAGAAAUACUUUGCACCCGAUGUGGCGCAACAGCACAGCAAUCAAUUUGGUCAAUUGCUGUACAAUCUGUAUGAUGUGAACGAUGUGCAGGAGGAUGACGACUAGUAGACUAGUAGAA